UUUUGACUUCCAAGGUUCUCCAGGGGAGCCCCCCACCAUCCUCUUUUAAUAGAAUAGGAUUUGCCAACAUGGGGUUAAUGAGUUAGAAAUCAAAAUACCAGCCAGUGGCAUCUAAACACAAGAACACUGGAUUUAAUUAUUAGAAGCAGGCAAGAUACAUCAUUACACAAUUGUCUACACAAAUCCACAGGCUUGAAGAAUAUUAAUAAUACCUACCUCUCUCUCUCUCUCUCUUCCUUCUUUCUUUCUUUCCUUCUCUCUCUUUCUUGAAAGAUUACUAAUUGCUGGAUCAGUUAGAUGUAUCAUAGUGUUUUUAGGACAUUAUUCCUGCUACAGAAAUUCUUUUCAUCAUCUCCACUUUCAGAUUUGUAACACAGGCUUGUCCUUUAACAAGUAAGUGUUCUUUUCAGAGAAAUGUGCAGCAGAUGUGGCAAAACAGAAAUAUAAUAUUCUUGGAAGUGAACUAGUUUGGAUAAUAAUUUAACUUUCUUUUUUUGUACUUGGACUUUAUUCUUUCAGUAAUUUCUCGGUCCACAUCAAAUUUUCAGGAAGGUUGAAGUGAUCAUUUUGUGUAACUUACUCAUAAAUCUUCAAAUAAUGGGCAGUAAAAUUCUUGUAACAUUUUUUUUUUCAGGUUUUUGUGUUUAGGAGCUGUUGAUUUAUAUUUUCCCUAAUCGUUCCUGGAAGAGAAUAACUCAAUAUUUUCCACUGGGUUUUCCUAAAUACCAGCAACUUGCUUUUCAACUGAUAAUCUUAACCCAACCACCUCUCAAAAACCUACAAUAUCUGUUAAGUGCCAGCGCACAAGUAGGGGACAGAAAAGAAUCUGAAAGCAAGUGGGUAUUGGAGUCGAUACAAUCUGGAUUCCAUACAAAGUCUGACGCUGUGCAAUUCUAUAUAAAUUACUUAAUCUCACUGAGCCUUAUUUUUUUUAUCUGUAAGACAGGGAUAGACUGCACACUGGAGAAUUAAGUACAAUGUAAGAAAGCAGGGAGCCUGGUACAUAAUAGGAGUCCCUUAAAUAAUAAAUUCCCUUCGCUUCCUCUUAAACAUGACAAUGAUAAUGUUCAGGAUUUGAUUAAUAAAACAUAAACAGUUAACGACUGCAAACUACUCAGGUCCCAAUCAGCUUUUCAGACACAUAUAUGUAGAAGAUUUGGCAUGUCUCCUCCUUUUUCUUAAUGGAAACAGCACCCCACAUUAAGAAAAAUAAAAAUCUGGUGGGGGGGGGGAACCACCUAUAAUUUCAUCAUCCACAGCUGUUUCCAUUUUUGUCAUGGUCUGGCUUUUCUACAAAACGGUCACAUCUUCUCUGUUGCAGUCAGGGUGUGCUCAUCAUGAAGGUACUAAAAAAUUCAUUCCAGGUGAUGGUGGGGAGCUGCUGAAGAAGAAAUGGAGGGCUGCGGAGGUGUUAAAGUUCUCUCAUGAUAUUGUUCGAAGGUUGCUUCAGCACAGAAACUCCACAAAGAACUCCUCUGCAGUUUUCGCUACCCAGGGCUGUUUCUUUAAAUUGUUUGACGUCAGAGAAGGAAUGCUAUAGCAACAGUCUGUCAAACUGGAAUUAACUCAGAAGAAAGAUGGGGGUGGGGGGAGAGGAAAAUUGCUCCCGGGCGGUACUGACUUCAGAGGAAGCAAACUGGGUAGAUGCCUUCAUUUUAUGACAUUUUAAACAUAAAACAGCCCUAGAAAUCUGGAAAAAGUCGGUUGCCUGUGAUGUUUAACUCAUGCAGAGAUGAGCGAAUUGACAGGGUUAUCUAGAAGGCCCGGUUUCAUCAGCGACAGCAGUAACAAUAACUUCCAAGCGUUGAUCAUUUAUUCAGAGGCAGGCUCUGUGCAAACGUUACCUCAUUAAAAAAUUUCGCACCUUCAUGAGGGCUUUUCAUUGGUUAGUUUCUGCCGUGAGGAAAUUCGAGGAUGAGCGAGCUGGAACAGCUGAGGCAGGAAGCCGAGCAGCUUCGGAAUCAGAUCCAGGAUGCUAGGAAAGCAUGUAAUGAUGCAACACUUGUUCAGAUCACGUCAAAUAUGGAUUCCGUGGGUCGAAUACAAAUGCGAACGAGACGUACGCUGAGGGGUCACCUAGCUAAAAUCUAUGCUAUGCACUGGGGAUACGAUUCAAGGCUACUAGUCAGUGCUUCCCAAGAUGGAAAAUUAAUUAUUUGGGAUAGCUAUACAACAAAUAAGAUGCAUGCUAUCCCUCUGCGGUCUUCCUGGGUGAUGACUUGCGCCUAUGCUCCCUCUGGUAAUUACGUUGCUUGUGGAGGGCUGGACAACAUCUGCUCUAUAUAUAACUUAAAAACCAGAGAGGGAAAUGUGAGAGUGAGCCGAGAGUUACCGGGUCACACAGGCUACUUGUCCUGCUGUCGGUUUUUAGAUGAUAGCCAAAUAGUUACAAGUUCAGGAGACACAACUUGUGCUUUAUGGGACAUUGAAACCGCCCAGCAGACCACCGCCUUCACUGGGCAUUCUGGGGAUGUGAUGAGUCUUUCUCUGAGUCCUGACAUGAGGACUUUCGUUUCUGGUGCUUGUGAUGCCUCUUCAAAAUUAUGGGAUAUUCGAGAUGGAAUGUGCAGACAGUCCUUCACUGGGCAUGUGUCGGAUAUUAAUGCCGUCAGUUUUUUCCCAAAUGGAUAUGCCUUUGCCACUGGCUCUGAUGAUGCCACUUGCCGUCUCUUUGACCUUCGUGCAGACCAAGAGUUAUUAUUGUAUUCUCAUGACAAUAUCAUCUGUGGGAUCACUUCCGUAGCCUUCUCAAAAAGUGGGCGUCUCCUGUUAGCUGGCUAUGAUGACUUCAAUUGUAACGUAUGGGACACACUCAAAGGAGAUCGUGCAGGUGUUCUUGCUGGUCAUGACAACCGUGUCAGCUGUUUAGGUGUAACUGAUGAUGGCAUGGCUGUGGCAACAGGGUCUUGGGACAGUUUUCUUAGAAUCUGGAAUUAACAAUACAUGCAAAUUUACCAUUCUCCACUGAUACCUGGAGAAAUCAGUACUACAGCCUAUAGCUGUGAAAAAGAAUUUACCUUAUAUUUGCAGGUGAAGAUUUUUCUAUUGAGAUUAUUAUAUACAAAAAAGAAGCUUUCAGUAAACUACAAAAUAAAAAAGGUGAAAACAAGGUAAAGGUGCUUGCUGAGAUCAGGACCAGUGUAUCAAUCUGAGGAGUUGAGCUCAUUUAACCUUGAUGAAUUCUUGCUUGUGUUGUCUAAUUCUUUACUUUCUUUGUGUAGACAGAAAUGUACACAUUACAGCAACCUAUCAUGUUAGAAUGUAUGUUUGCAUUUUUUCAGAAUUACAUUUUAAAUUUUAUAUAGAAGUAUCGCAUUUUUGUGUUCUGUAGUGGAGGAACAGGCACAGUAAUACAUGGAAGUGAGACCAUACAUGUGUGUACUGAUGUUUAAAGAUCUCCUUGAACUCCGGCUUUCUUUUUGAUCUGAAAGAAAUCCUGGUUGCUUACUGUUUAAGAAUGCUGACGACAGGGACCUACUCUAUAGCUCAGUGUUAUGUGGCAGCCGGGAUGGAAGAAGUUAAAAAAAAAAAUGCUGUCAGACAUAGGUAUCGCUGAGGAGAUUCCGUGUGAGUAUCAAUAGUUUCUGCCUCAUACUCUGCCAUGUUAUUAAUUUAAAUGCUCAUGUUGAGUCCUUUAAAGGGGACAUAAUCUAAAGGCCAGGGAAUUUCACUCUGAAAUUUGAGACAUACAUAGGAAACUCGUAUUAUAUUAACAGGUAGAUAGCAGUAAUCACAUGAAUUGUUCUUAUUUUUUAAAGUUGGAUAUGAUCAAGUGAUACUGAGCAUUCUAACUAGUUAGGCUUUCCUACUGAUUUCAUCUCCUAGAGCUAAGUUUGCAGGGUGCACUCUGAUGAACAUUUGGACUGUCUUUGCAUCUUAAGAAAUUUUCCCAGUGUUUCCAUCAGUAUGUAUCUAGGAAGGACACAUAGUGUGUGAUGGCAUUAUGAUUUUGAAAGAAGUAGAAAAUCUAACAAAUCUAUUUGUUAUAUUGUAACACACAAUUGCUUUAUGAAUUUAUGUUCAUAUAAAACCUGAAUUGAUGUUAGCUCUGUGUCUUGAAAAAUUUAAAAAGUAAACAUUCAAGCUUUUUGAUCUUCUGUACCGUUUCCUCCCACUAGGACCAAAUACUGGUUUCUAAGUGAUUUUGCUUCAAAGGAUACCUAGAUCAAAGUGAUCCCCACUUUAAAGCCAAAAGAAAAUUCCAAGGGCAGUUCUUAAAGGAGUCAGAGGAAAAUACUAAGCAAUUUCUCUGCUUGUCAGUGAUAUUAUGUGUUUAUUACUAGAAUGAGCCCCCUUAAAUUUAAACAAAGAUACUUUUGCUCUUGGGUUUUCUCUUACAAAUAAUCUAAAUGAUUGACAAUAGAAGACUGUUAAGUCUUGCUUGAUAGUGAAGUCAUGGAGUUUUUCUAAUAUAGAGGUGCAUUGUGUUUUGUAACUUAGUAAACUGUGUCAGUUACUAUUGAGCUAGAUCUGUUAACUUUUGAUCACCUGUAAUCCUAAAUACUCCCAAAUUUUACUUGUAAAUUUCCAUUUUUAUAUUGUGGAUGUGCUAAUAAGUACAUCAGCCAUAAGUAAGUAACUGUUUUAAGAUACUAAAGAGAGAAUAGAAUGGAAAAAGGAAGAUCAGAUAUAGGACCAAAAAAAAACCCAGACUGCUGUAGAUGGCAGGCAUGAAUGUAUAUUUAUAUACAUAUAACAGGAUUUCUGCGGACUUUUGAUUUUAAUGUUUGUGGACUAUUUAAGAGUGAUAUAAAGAACAGCUCUUUGAGGUAAGGCAAGAUAAUUUUAAAGGGACAGUCAUUUGCAAAAAUAGGAGUUGAGGAUUACCAUGUAGUGUAGCAGUUUAUUCCAAAAUCCUGUUGAAGCAAACACUUGUAGCCAUGUGCAAAAUUGCCUUAUAUAUAUGAAGAGUAUCUCCACUAGUUAACAAGAUAAUUUAGAGGCACACAGACUGUAAGAAUUAUGUUGUCUUAAACAUGUUAAUAAAAAUAAUUUAAUAUUAUUAAACUUUUUGUAGGUGGUUAAAAGGCAUUUAUCAUAAUUAAACAUGUACUAGGCAACACUAUCAUGGCUGAUUAUACAUAUGACCAAAUGGUGAUACCAUAUUAAUUAACUCACAGGUUAAAACUUUUGUUAUCUAGUGAUAUGGGUCCCACUUGCUAAAUCUGUGUACUUGCAGUCUGAGUUCAUUUGAUUGUCUAUUUAAAACUUCCUGAAUUUGGUAUAUUUUGUAGAAGCACAGUAUAGCUUGAAUCUUAGUUUUUCCAAAUUAAAAAAAAAGCCAAAUGUAGUUUUGAGGAAUUUGCAUCAAUAUUGCAGUUCUGGUGCGUGAUUUAUUUUCUUUUUACCUAAGAAACAUUUAAACAUAAUGUGCCUCAGUUGGGUUUGUAGAUUCUUGAAUCACUACAUAAAGAACAGGUGAGAUAUGACAGUAUUUUAAAGGCAAAUAUUCUUUUCUAAAAGUGGGGUGAUGGCCUUGUGUUCAGCACAUCAACCCAUAAACCUCCUCAAAAAAGCGCUUCAUGCUGUUAGCAAGGACACUGCCUCCACUUCGAUGGACCGGCCUCAUUUUUGGCAGCUGUGCUACUAGAGAUUUAGACUAACCAUCCAAGUUUCUUCCCUAGCUCAAAUUUUUAUAGUUGUGAAUCCAUGGUUACAACAGCAUAUUGAGUUCCAUCUUCAGAGAGGCAAAGAUUUAGGCUUAAUGUCUCAAGAGAUACUUAAGUAUCAAGAGAUACUUCUUAAUUCUGCAAGAGGGCUUACCUCGUAGGUAGUCUCCUUGUUUUAAUUUAGACUCAUCUGAACUGAUUAAUACUGCAUGAUGAUAGUAAACUAGUCUCUUAGACAUAACAGAGGUAGGUGCUUCUGGAAUAUGUUAAGUAAUUUUAAAGUUAACCUAUUGCAAGAGAAAUAAACCUUGGCUUCUUCAGGUGACAAAAUGAAAUUUUUGAAGUUGCUAAAAAAAUACUGUUAAUGUUAUAUAACUAACCUUCUUCAACACUUUUGACGUUUUAGAUUUAGAAAUAAAUUUAGAUUCUGUUUUAAAAAUGAAGAUGUUCAGGGAAAUUUAUGCUUAUUGGUUAGUGUCUCACAGUUUAUAAUAGUCAAAUACUUGCGGCUUACCUCUUGAUGUGUUUAAAUGUAAUGGAAACUGAUUAAACAAUCUCCCAAAUGGGCCUAUGAUUUUAGUAAUAAACAGGUUCUUUCUAAAAUCUUUAGGGUGUGAGUUAGGCUUAAAAACAUUUUGAAAUUAUGUUCAGUUUCUAAUUUCCCUUUUGCCAUCGUGGAAAGCAAAAUUUUAAAUUAUUUCUUACCUCGUUAGAAUUUUGAAAACACCCACCAGACUAUCUUGUGAGAAAUGGUAGCACAGUGGAUAAUAUUGGUAUUUUAAAUUAGAUUAAAUACAAUGUGAUGCACCCUUCAUAUUUACUGCUUCUUCUCCCAUUGUUCAUUGUAAGUUGCCUUAAAUUCAGUGCUAUAUUUAACAGUAUUGGUUAUAAUAGGUACUCAAUAAAAUGGUCUGUAGUUGAAUGUCUAAGCUAGCAUUGUUUUAAAAAGUAAUUUAUUAAUCAGAAUGAUGGUACAACUUGUGUUUAGCAAAUUUGUUUGCAUGUUGAUAAAAUUUCCUAAGUCUUUUUUCUUAAAACCAGUUAUUGAGCCUAUAAAAUAGUUGACUAAUGCAGCAUAUGGAAAAACUGGUUAAAUGUUUCAAUUGAUGUUAAGUGUGCCCGACAAAAUCUUACAUCAUACAGUAUUUUUUAAUUAAUAGAACUUCAGUGAUAUACUUGGUAGAUAUUUCAAGCCUUUUCUGUCUCUUACACAAUGGUGCUCUAUCCUAUUGUUUUCUCUUCUCAAAGAAGCAUCUGAAUACUUGUAUUUGCAUAUUCUUAUCCAAAGGCAUUCAUAUCUAAAUGGGUUUUUUUAAGUUGAUUAAAAUGUUUUUCUUCACCUAGCGUGGUUUCUACAACACUUGUGGCCAACUGAACCUGAAUGUCAGUAGUCUGUGGGAAAGGUGAAUGUAUUAGAUUAAAGCUCUUAGAAAAAAGCUUUAAACCAAACUAUGGACUUGUAUCACAACUUAACAGUAUUCUUGAAUCAUUCUUGCAGUAAUUCAUUCCUUUAUUUGUAUAGUAGCUCUGUGAAAUAAUGUUGCUGUGAACUGAUAUUGUAAUCAAUAAAGUGCUUUUAACCAGA